AUGGCCGGCCAACGCAAGCUCCUGAGUGAGAUCGACCGCACGCUCAAGAAGGUGAGCGAGGGCGUGGACGUGUUCAACGAGAUCUGGGACAAGGUGUAUGCUGCCACUGCGCAGAACCAGAAGGAGAAGCAUGAGGCGGACCUGAAGAAGGAGAUCAAGAAGCUGCAGCGCUUCCGAGACCAGAUUAAGACGUGGAUUAACAACUCGGACAUCAAGGACAAGCGGCCGUUAGUGGAUGCACGUAAACUUAUUGAGCAGAAGAUGGAGGAGUUCAAAGUGUGCGAGAAAGAGACAAAAACCAAGGCUUAUAGUAAGGAAGGCCUGGCACAGGUCGAACGCUUGGACCCAGAGCAGCAGGCACGGCAGCAGUCGCACGCGUGGAUCCAGGACUGCCUUAACCAGUUCAACGUGCAGAUCGAGGCGCUCGAGAGCGACGUGGAGCGUCUUCAUUCGGCCAAAGGCCGAAAUCGCAACAAAGCCGAGAUUGAGGAGAAGGAGAAGCUGCUGUCUAGACACAAAUGGCACAUUCUCAAGCUCGAGCAGAUCAACCGCCUACUGGACAAUGCGGCACUUGAGCCAGAACAGGUGGACGAGCUCAAGGAGGACGUAGAGUAUUAUCUCGAGGCCAAUCAGGAGCCAGACUUCAUGGAGACGUACGGAGACGACGACAUUUAUGAGCUGCUGGAUCUCGACACGCUUGGAGCUGCUGCACAGGUUGCGUUACCCACAGAGCAGGACGUGGGUAUUGACGAUACCACUUCGUCGACUGCGGUUACGUCUACUGCUACAACCACCUCUGGGCGUGGCAAGACGCCGCGGAAGAGCGUCACGUCGUCUGUGAUCACUGGAAUUGGUCGUGCUGGUGCUGUGAAGCCUAUUGAUCUCAAGACGUCGACUCCUAGUCGUUCAAGUAGCACUAGCAAGAGCGAUACGUCGCCACCCAAUGGCACCAAGACGGACGAACUCAAGAUCGGUAAAGGCCGCACUACUCCGCAGCGUGCCAAGAGCGGGUCUUCGUCAUCAGAUAAGGGAUCAAGCAAAACUCCAACCCCCGUACCUUCCUCUCCUGCAGUCAGCACACCAGCCCGCAAGGUGUCGCCACCUACACCGCAGCGUACGCCGUCUCCUAGUGUCAGUAAGGGACAACCCGUAGGCACCAGCUCGUCGUCUUCAUCGACGUCGCCUGCAGCCAAACCGCCGGUUCCAGUCCCGUCACCGGUGCCAUCUAACGCGUCACUGCCACCGCCAGUGCCUGCUCCGUCGCCCACCGCAAGUGCCUCAGCUCCUGCCCCUGUAUCUACGUCCGCACCUUCAGGAUCUGCAGCGCCUACACCCACAGCAACGGCAUCGAAACCUCGACCUCUGGAGGAAUCGCCACAGCUCACUGAAGAGCAGAAGCAGGUGCUGCGGCUCAUUGACGAAAGCUUUCACUUCAUCCCCGAGAGCCGCGACUCGGAGAAGGCCAACCGCUACGUUCCUCGCAAUCUGUACCCGACGCCGGCGUCGUUCCCAGCCACGCCGUCCACUCUGUUCUCUAGCGCCCCGAUCUUUGAGAAACUGGACGUGGACACGCUCUUCUUCAUCUUCUACUACCAGCAAGGCUCCUACCAGCAGUAUCUGGCAGCACGGGAGCUGAAGCGACGGACAUGGGGCUACCACAAGAAGUACAAGACGUGGUUCAAGCGUCACGAGGAGCCGCAGGUCACAGGGGAGGACUACGAGCAAGGCACCUUCGUCUACUUCGACUACGAGACCGGCUGGUGCCAACGGAUCAAGACGGAGUUCACCUUUGAGUACAGCUACCUCGAAGACGAGCUACAGUAA